AUGAUCAUGUCAUUACAAUCGCAAAACCGUCUUAAACUAAUAAUACCGAAACAAAAAUCCAAUACUGAUAGGAUCUUAAAGACAUGUACUCGAUGUCGACAACACAAGACCAAAUGCGAUGCUUUCCAAACGAACCCCAACCCAUGUACUCAUUGUUUCAAACAUAACGUUAAUUGUAAUUUAGAAAUUUUGAGUAAACCAACUGGAAGAGUCAAAACAUUGGAUAUUGUUGAACGAUUAUCCUGUGAAGUAAGUGAUUUAAAGAGUCUAAUGACGGAUUUAAUACAGCGAAGAAACGACCUUGUUGAGUUGUUGAUUGAGAGGGGUAAAAAGAUUGAGCAGGAAGCUAGUAUACAAUGUCAAAAGAAACAACAACUAGGGCAGCAGUGUGAGCAGCAGUGUGAGCAGCAGUGUGAGCAGCAGUGCGAGCAACAGUGUGAGCAGCUACAGCAACUGCAGCAGCAGGAGAGUAGCCGUGAAAGGUCAUAUACGCCUCCAGUCUCUGCAAUCCAAUCUUGUCUCAAUACCCCUGACCCCUCUCCCCAAUCCACCAUUGGCUAUUUUAUAACACCAGACGGCGAAAGCCCGAGUUCUAUUGACAGCUCCAAAUACACAAUCAAAACCAAUACCAAAGUCAAACCAAUGUCAAUAACUCACAAGCAAGCCCAAUCACAUUUUACAAAUUACGAACUCAACUUCAACAAGUAUAUACCCAUAUUUCCUGACGAGUUUUUCCAAUCGACCAACUUAAUUGAAUUUCAUAAAGAAAAUGAAUUGACUUUUUGGUGUAUUGUCUUGACAUCACACUUGAAUCAGCACGAACAGGCUGAAAACUAUAGAACCCUAGCAGAACACGUAAAAUCGCUUGUGGUUGAAAAGUGUUGGUUCAAUACACCAAGAUCAGUGUAUAUUAUCUCAUCGUUGUUGAUUUUAACUACUUGGCCAUUACCUAAUCACCACCACACAAAGAUUGCCGAUAACCUCAGUGUUAAAUUCAUCAGUUUGAUGAAGUCGUUAUCUUAUCAGUUUGGUUUACACAAGUUGGAGUUUAUCAAUGAGUUUAGUCACAAAACUAAAGUAAACUUGUCACAAGAAGUCAACUUGAACAAUCGAAUCCGAGAGCGAAUCUACAAAUUCAUCAACAUCAAUUCCAAUUAUUGGUUAAUCAAUUUGGGAUUAUCAAAUAAUAACUACAAUGGGUUCAAUCAAGAUUACAUCUUGAACAAGGCAUCCAAUAUCGAUAUUCAUGAUACAUCAAUCAUUUCAUCGUCAAUAACCGAUCAUUAUAUCAAUUGUCUUUUGAAAAUAUCCAUGAUUCAACUGAAAUUGAAUGAGAAUAUGAGUGCGUUAAUUGGUGAUUCUUUAGAGUAUGGAGAAGAUCAUAUGACGAUGAAGUUGUUACCUAAUCAAAUCAAUACCACGAAAUUGAUCAAUUUCCACAUGUUUGAAAUUAUAAUUGAUGAUUUGAAAAGAACAUUAGCAACAGUGGAGCAGCAAAAUAUCGAUGAUGCAUUUGGUUCUGAUUUAUCCAACUUAAUUCAAAUAUCAAUUGCGUAUUCUAAAUUGCAAUUAUUUAUCUACUCAUUAUCGAAAUCAGACAUAUCAUUACAAGAAUACAAGGUCUACAUUUCCAAAUUAGUUUCGUGUUGUCUGGAAAUUAUGAACCUUACUCAAUCACAGCGAAUGGAUUACUUGGCUUUGCCAAUAUAUUUCAAGUUCCCCAUUGAAUUGACACUUUUGACACUAUUACGAGUUUUCAAAUCACCAAUCUUGGACACGAUUGAUGAAUAUAACCAAAUUAAAUCUUGUUUCAACAAAGUUUAUGAAACUGUGUUUCAAUUUGAAAACUGGCAGUUUAUGACUACUAAAUUACAUCGAUUGAUUGAAAUGUUUGAUAAUUUGUCAAGAGAGUUUAUUAUUUCUCAACUGAUUCGUAAUAGGAGAGAUUUGGUGGCAGGUGGUGGGUUCAUGACAGGCGAGUUCUUUUUAAUUACCAAAAUGAAGAAUUAUCUUGUUUCUAGUUUACAAUACGAAAUGAUUUGGUUAAUUUAUCAACAUGAACAUGUGUCAAAGGAUAAUCAACUGAGUCCACAAUUGAGUUUACCUCAAUGGAAUUCUGUUGGAGUGUAUGAUAACCAAAUGAUAGAACAUUUCAAAUGUAAUAAAUCAAUAUUUUGA